AUGAGCAAUCCUCAGUAUUCGGCCGUCCGGCCAGAGGGACGGGAACAUCUCCUCGACUACCCGCGGGGCUUCAUCGCCGUCAGAAUAGUCCAACUCGCGCUGGCCUUCCUGAUUAUGAUCCUCUCCGCCUAUACAAGACGGCUAACGGGCAACCCAGCCAAUUCCCUCCUGUCGUACGACGGCAACGCGUUCAUCCUCGCUGUGGCGGUUAUGAACAUUGUAUAUUCUAUCUACCACAUGGUCGCCCACUUUGCCACGCCCGUGAUGUACAACUAUUGGGCCAUCCUCGGCGUCGACAUCUUCUUCGUCGUGAUGUGGCUCUGCUCCUUCGCUCUGCAGGCGGCACGUGUCGCCUAUUUCUACGACUAUUACAGUGGCUACAGACUGGGUACUGGCGACCAGGCGUGGCUGGGAGCGCAGGCGGCCGCAGCGGCCUUGGGCGCUGUGGAAUGGGUUGUGUUCAUCGUCGCCCUAGUGAUCCAUUCCAUCCGCCUGCACCGGCACCGCGCGGCCGGUGGGCACUGCAUGCCCGGCCAAGCACCCACUCCCCCAGGGCCAGCACCUGCACCCGCGCCUGCGCCUGCACCUGCACCCGUGGCCGCUGCAGCCACAGCCCCCUACGGCGGCGAAAAGACCGGUGUCCCGUCCACCUACCCACCUCAAUACUACGCGCCCCAGCCGCAGCAGCAGCAGCAGCCCGUCGGCAAUCCCGAGUAUCAGCAGCAGUUCUCCCCCCAGCAGCAGCCGCAAUAUCCUCCUCAGGGGCAGCAGCAAUAUCCUGCUCAGGGACAGCAACAGGCCUACCCACCACAGCAGGCUGGCUACCCUGCACACGAGCAGCAGCAACAGCAGCAACAGGCUUUCUAUCCGUCCCCAUCGCCCAGCCCGGCGCCGAUGUACGCACCGCAACCCCAGAACCUACCUGCUCAGCUGCCCAGCGAUAAUUCGCCACAGCAUUUGCCUGCCCAGCUGCCUACCAAUUCGCCUGUGCCUCCACAGUUGUCCAACAAUUAA